UCCCUUGAACGUUGGGUGUCUUGAAGGUAGACUUGGAUUAUUACAUCUUGUUGUUUUGUUAGGUUUUCCGAAUUGGAAGACGUAAGAACCAAACAGGUAAUUCAGGCUCAGAUAAAUUUAUCCCUUAGAAGCCUGAUUGCUGCCAACGACUCAGGUAAAGGUGCGGCCAGCUAUUUCUGUCAAAAUCUGGAUGGGUUCCCUUCCUCCUCGUGGCAGAGAUAAUGCUGUAUUUUACUGAACCGUGUAUUCUUUUCCUGUGGGGCCCCUUGUCUAGCCUUUCUUUCAGUUGGGGGCAGGAGACGUUUUCUAGGGCUUCAGUGUCCUCCUUUGGAUCUUGGUUGAGAGUCAACAAACUGAGUGAGACAAGGUAAGGAUCCUGUGGGGGGUUUAGAGAGAUGAGGCCAGAGAGUAGCAAGAGCUUGGUCACCUGUCCUCUCUCCUGGUUUGCUGACCGUUAGCACAAGAUGUAGAAGAGGAGCCCGGGGCCUCAGAAGAUGAUGGCGCCACCAGAGGACGAGGCCUGAGCCCCUGGUAGCUGCGUGGAGGCCAGCCCCCUCCUCCUACACUCGACUGGAACCUGGGCAAGAAAUACUCUUACUGGAUGCCCCCACUGGUCCAGGCAAUCUUCAGCGGUGACCCGGAGGAGAUACGGACGCUCAUCCACAAAACCGAAGAUUUGAAUGCUCUGGAUUCUGAGAAGCGAACCCCACUUCACGUGGCUGCAUUCCUGGGAGAUGCAGAGAUCAUCGAACUCCUCAUUCUGUCAGGAGCUCGUGUCAAUGCCAAGGACAACAUGUGGCUGACCCCACUGCACCGGGCUGUUGCCUCCAGAAGUGAAGAAGCCGUGCAAGUGCUGAUCAAGCACUCGGCCGAUGUCAACGCGAGGGACAAGAACUGGCAGACCCCGCUCCACGUGGCGGCGGCCAACAAGGCGGUGAAGUGCGCGGAGGUGAUCAUUCCCCUGCUGAGCAGCGUCAACGUCUCCGACCGCGGGGGCCGCACGGCCUUGCACCACGCCGCUCUGAAUGGCCACGUGGAGAUGGUCAACUUACUCUUGGCCAAAGGAGCGAACAUCAACGCGUUUGACAAGAAGGACCGGCGUGCUCUGCACUGGGCGGCCUACAUGGGCCACCUGGACGUCGUGGCCCUGCUCGUCAGCCAUGGGGCGGAAGUGACGUGUAAGGAUAAGAAGGGUUACACCCCCCUGCACGCCGCCGCCUCCAAUGGACAGAUCAACGUGGUCAAACAUCUCCUGAAUCUGGGGGUGGAGAUCGACGAAAUCAACGUCUACGGGAACACGGCCCUCCACCUGGCCUGCUACAAUGGGCAGGAUGCAGUGGUGAACGAGCUGACAGACUACGGUGCUAACGUGAACCAGCCCAACCACAGCGGGUUCACCCCUUUGCAUUUUGCUGCUGCCUCCACACACGGUGCUUUGUGUCUUGAACUAUUAGUGAACAACGGGGCAGAUGUUAACAUCCAGAGUAAAGAUGGCAAAAGUCCACUGCAUAUGACAGCCGUCCAUGGAAGGUUCACACGGUCGCAAACCCUCAUUCAGAAUGGCGGUGAAAUUGACUGUGUGGAUAAGGACGGCAACACUCCUCUCCAUGUGGCUGCAAGAUACGGUCAUGAGCUUUUGAUUAACACCUUAAUCACCAGCGGAGCUGACACAGCCAAGUGUGGAAUCCAUAGCAUGUUCCCUUUGCACUUAGCGGCCCUAAACGCUCACUCGGACUGCUGCAGAAAGCUUUUGUCGUCGGGACAAAAGUAUAGCAUAGUAUCCUUGUUUAGUAAUGAGCACGUGCUGUCUGCAGGCUUUGAAAUAGACACCCCAGAUAAAUUUGGAAGAACGUGCCUUCAUGCUGCUGCCGCAGGAGGUAAUGUGGAAUGUAUAAAACUCUUGCAGAGCAGCGGAGCAGAUUUCCAUAAAAAGGACAAGUGUGGGAGGACACCUUUGCACUAUGCAGCUGCAAAUUGUCAUUUCCACUGUAUUGAGACAUUAGUGACCACAGGGGCCAACGUUAAUGAAACAGAUGACUGGGGACGGACAGCUUUGCACUAUGCUGCUGCAUCAGACAUGGAUAGAAAUAAGACUAUGUUAGGAAACGCCCAUGAAAACUCCGAAGAACUUGAAAGAGCCCGAGAGCUGAAGGAAAAGGAGGCUGCGCUAUGUCUAGAAUUUCUGCUUCAAAAUGAUGCAAAUCCAUCGAUCCGGGACAAGGAAGGUUACAAUAGCGUACAUUACGCUGCUGCCUAUGGCCACAGACAAUGUCUGGAAUUGCUUUUAGAAAGAACCAACCAUGGCUUUGAAGACUCGGACUCCGGUGCUACCAAGAGUCCACUCCACUUAGCUGCCUACAACGGGCACCACCAAGCCUUGGAAGUCCUUCUGCAGUCGUUGGUGGACCUGGACAUCAGGGAUGAGAAAGGCCGCACCGCUCUGGACCUGGCUGCCUUUAAGGGACACACAGAGUGUGUGGAAGCACUUAUCAAUCAGGGCGCGUCCAUCUUUGUGAAAGACAAUGUAACCAAAAGAACCCCACUCCAUGCCUCAGUAAUUAACGGUCACACACUGUGUUUGCGGCUCUUACUAGAAAUUGCGGACAACCCAGAAGCCAUUGACGUGAAAGACGCCAAAGGACAAACCCCGCUGAUGCUUGCAGUGGCCUACGGACACAUUGAUGCUGUUUCACUGUUACUUGAAAAGGAAGCCAAUGUAGAUGCUGUUGACCUCAUGGGCUGCACAGCUUUACACAGAGGGAUUAUGACAGGCCACGAGGAGUGUGUGCAAAUGCUGCUGGAGCAAGAAGUGUCAAUUCUGUGUAAAGACUCCAGAGGGAGGACCCCGCUGCACUAUGCGGCUGCUCGUGGCCAUGCCACGUGGCUGAGCGAGCUGCUCCAGAUGGCGCUGUCCGAGGAGGACUGUUCUUUCAAAGACAACCAAGGCUAUACGCCGCUGCACUGGGCUUGUUACAAUGGUAAUGAAAACUGUAUAGAGGUACUUCUGGAGCAAAAAUGUUUUCGCAAAUUUAUCGGUAAUCCCUUCACUCCACUGCACUGUGCAAUAAUAAAUGAUCAUGAGAAUUGUGCAUCAUUGCUUCUUGGGGCCAUAGAUGCCAGUAUUGUCAAUUGCAGAGAUGACAAAGGCAGGACACCCCUGCAUGCGGCCGCAUUCGCUGACCACGUGGAGUGCUUGCAGCUUCUUCUGAGACACAAUGCAGAAGUGAACGCAGCGGAUAAUUCAGGGAAAACAGCACUGAUGAUGGCGGCCGAGAACGGGCAGGCAGGCGCUGUGGAUAUUUUGGUGAACAGUGCCCUGGCUGAUCUGACUGUCAAGGAUAAAGACUUGAACACAUCCUUACAUCUGGCUAGUAGCAAAGGUCAUGAAAAAUGUGCCUUGUUAAUACUUGACAAGAUACAAGAUGAGAGCCUUAUUAAUGCAAAAAAUAAUGCACUGCAGACACCCCUCCACGUUGCUGCGCGAAACGGCUUGAAGGUGGUGGUUGAGGAGCUGUUGGCCAAAGGGGCCUGUGUACUCGCUGUGGAUGAAAACGGUCAUACCCCGGCCCUGGCUUGCGCUCCUAACAAAGACGUGGCUGACUGCCUGGCCCUCAUUUUGGCUACCAUGAUGCCUUUUUCUCCUUCCAGUACAAUGACGGCUGUCAACUUCGUUUGUUUUAAAAAAGACAAUUUGAGCAGGACGACCCUCUCCAAUCUGGGUAGCAUGGUUAGCCUGUGCAGUAACAACGUAGGCUCAGAGGAUGGGUACAAUGAAAAUGACUCUGAUUCCGAAACGUUUUGACUUUGGACUGUAGAAGCUUUUCCUUGAUCACCCAUAUUGGAAGAAGGGAAAGAAACAUGAAUUCCAGGCUUAUGUUGUGUUUGAGUAUUAUUAUGGGCCUGGGCUUCCAGAAGCCGGUAGAAAAGGAAUUAAUCAAAUCCAGGGAGGGCAGCUAGGCUGUAGGGCAAGGCACUCACAGAAAUGGGCCCUGAUUUUUAUUUGUGUUUUCAUGUUUUCCUUAGAUCUAAGCUACUUCUGUGCAAGUCUACCUCUCAUUUUAAGUAAGACAUUUUAAGUAAAAAAUGCAUUUGAUUCUUUUUCUUUUGGCAUAAUGCAAUUGAGGGGGAAUGGUUCUCUAGAAAGAAUUUUUGUUGUUGUUGUUUACUCACUCAGCAGUGAGUUCUCAGAAGUAUAUCAAUGUGACAUUUGUGUCCCCUGAGGGGAGGGGAAGAGAGGGUAGGAAUUGCCUCAAACCUCUUCUCACUUUGAAGUUUACUUCCUCACUAGAAGCCAAAGCUAGAGGUGUUCAUCUUCAGAAAUGAUGCCUGUAAUAAUCUUUUUAAGGGAGUCCAAUUAUGCAUAUCCUCUCUAUAGCAAGCACUUAAAUAUCUAGAACUUCUUUCCAAGGAUUUUUAUUAAAGUUGCCAGAUGAAUGGAAAAAUUCACCAAAAAUUCAAGUUGCUUUUUUCUUUUAACACAAAUAUGGCCCCCAGUACUCCCUGUAACGAGCCUGGGACUAAUUUUCCACUGCCUGAUUGAACCCAAAUCUGUCUAAUAAUAUUUCAGGUGAAAAAUUAUAUUGCACCAGAACUUUGAGACAUAUGCAGAUUUAAUAUGUGGCUACCUUUUAUUUAUCUUUUUGUUAGUUCAUCCUUAAAUCAGAAUGCUAGCUUUUUAAAAAGGUCAGAACCAUCAGUUGCUUAUCAGUAGUAAAGUAUUAAAUGAGCUUCUCAGUCAAGGUCAUACCAAGUGAGUGGAAGGGUGACGACAAAGGGAAACAAGGUACAAAACAGAAGGUAGAAAUGGGUGAUGUGAAAAGUAAAGCCACUUGAUAGUUGCUUGAUGAUCGAAUCAACAUAGUGAAUACUGUGUCUGCUCCCUCUGCCAAAGCUUCUAGGUCAAAUGGACCCCGUUCUGCACCUGGAAUAGCUGUACAAAAAGAAGAAUGAGACUCUUUAAACAUUACGCACAUACACACGCACACAUAUGUAUAUGUAUAUGUGUAUAUAUAUAUAUAUGUCUGUAGUUCAUCAACCAGCUGUAUGUGAGGACCAAACUGCUUCAGUCUAAAACAGAAGAAUUUAAAUUGCUUUCCUUCGAAAUGCAAGUGAGAACUGAAGUAGCUUUUCUAUGGAGUUAAAAUGUAAUCUUUUUGUGUAACAGUCUUUGUUGUGUUUUAUAUUUCUUAUGACACAGAUUUCUGGUUGGUGGCUUAACAUUUGUAACUGAUGACCUGUUGACCAAGGCUUAUUUUUUUUGCCAAACUAGAGAAAAAUGUUCAUAUACUUUUGAUGUAAAUGUGUUUAUAUUUAUUUGAAAUGAAACAAAGGCCGAGGAAACAUCCACUGGUGGUUCUCUGCUUUAAUCGCUGCGUGUCUUACUUGGAAUAACACAAAAGCAGGAAAGCAUGCAGGACCCUCGCUGGGCUAACCGGCCGGCCUGGGGCCAAGCCCAGCAUUUCCCCUGCUGAGGUUUCCUCGGGCUCUUCCACGUCAGUUGAAGAGGGGUACAGCCUCUAUUGCUCAGCCCCAGUCUGUAGCCAGCCUGGAGCGUUUGGGAGACACUGCCAUCCUUAUGCUCUUCUGCAAGAUGAGAACUGAGGUGUAUGGUGGGUCAUACGCACAAAGGUGGCCCAAAGAAAUUUACGGAAAUUACUCUGAACACACUGAAAAUCUCACGUGGUCCCAGGAACCUAAUGGGAAAUGAUGUCAGUGUGUGAGCACGUGUAACCAGGAGAGGAAAUACAAAUCACCAGCUCAUGUGCUAUUUUCCACUUGAGGAAGAAACGGGAGAGAAACAUAUUGUCAGGACUCUGACAUUUUAUAGUCAGUUCCAUUUUCAACCGUGGAAAUUUCUAUUUUCUAACGUAUGUGAGAUAUUUUUAAAACAGUGUUCUAGCAUAUCUGGAUCAAAUACACAUGCUGUAUUCUAUUUUUCAUCUAAUCAUAAAAGACUUUACUCUUACUCUUUUAAUAUCCUGACUUAAUGCAAAACUCACCUUGGGUUCUUCACAAAUGAGAACUUGUUCAGAGGACUUACAGAAUUGGUAAUAAUUUCCCGGGAAGUUUUCGACCCCACCAACAUUGUUUUUUCAUGUUUUGGUGUUGUGGUCCCCCUCCUUCCUCUGUCCUUUUUGUUCGUUUAGAGAAGACGCGUUUUUGAAAAGUAGAUAAAUUGCUAAUGAGCAGUAAUGACCUUAUCUUUACCAAAACACUGAAAAGUAAGCGAGCUCCAAUGCUAAAAAAAAGCACGAUAUACUGUGGUGUCUUUUUCUAGAAGUGAAUGGAAAUCUUGGUGCACUGGCGUUUAAAGCAGGAAAGGAAAUGCCUGCUUGUAAUGGUGAAGCAGCAUUCACAUUUUUUCCUGUAGAGUAGCACAGAGAACAAGGAAGGUGGCAGCAAAGCAGUGCCGGCCCAGGGACACUUCCCUCCACAUAGCUGCAUUUUGGCUUUUCCCCACUCUCUCACGGAUAGAAAGAAGGAGAACAAAAGAACAAAAUGAACUCAUGCUCGCCGUGAAUGGUCCAUGGAAUCAAAUCUCUCUCCUACUCUCUCACUGUUUCUCCAUUCCCCGAGACCAAAUUUUUUUUCUUUAGGAAGUGACUUCAAAAACUAUGAGUUCUGUGUGUUUUAAGUACAUCUCUUAGAAAUAGAACUAGAUUUGCAAUGUAGCUUUCUAAGCAAAACACACACACACACACACACACACACACACACAGAGCUUUGUGCUUUUAAGCAAGUCUUGGUUGUAUAGUGCUUUUUACCUGACUGUUAUUUUUAGUCUGUAUUUCAACCAUAUUCACAGGGAUCACGUUUUCAUCGCACUUACCUAUUCGCCGUGUCUUCCUGUCCUUGGUAAAUCCAUUACUAUCUCCAAAUUGCCUAAAAUCUGCUAUGAUUCUACAGUAAAAAGCUCAGGGGAUUUCUAUUUAUCACUACUAAAAGGGCACUGUAGUAUGUUUUGGUACUUUAGGCAGUCAACAGCUGCUUGAUUUUUUUUUUAUUUUAUUAUGAAAUUAGAACAAGAACAUCAAACGGAUCUGCUGCACUAUUCGUCCUGUUGAGCAACCUGGUUUGCUUAUCUGUUGCGUUGGUUGAAGAACUCAUCCCUUUUUUUUGUCUUGUAAUAUGAAGUUAGAGUGCCUUUUUAUAUUUGUAUAUUCUGAAGAUGUUCUGUGAAACGUUUUGUAUUUUUUCCUUUGAGUGUUAUCAGAGCAAUAUAAUACCAGUGAGUUUUCAUUUCAGCCUUUCUUUGAAUGUAUAAAGUGUCUUUUUCCUCUUUCCCCUUACCUGCUUAGAAAUGAAAAUGAAAAUGCUGAAGUUUUCUAUAGGGAUUAUGUUUAAUUUUGCAGUGCUAAAAUGCUUUCUUCUUACAAAACUGUAAACCAUAGGUCAAUGUUAGAGGGGAAAAGCGUUUUAAGAUAGUGACAAUCUGAGUGUGUGUAAAAAUGUAAUUCUAUGCGUUUCUUAUGCAGUGAUCUAAAAAUUCAAUGCAAAUACCUUUUGUUUGGUAGUUUUGUCUACAUAUUUUAUGCUUUAGCAUGUGCAAUAUAUCUUUGCAAAGCACGAUGAUACAAAUCUGGUGCCAGUGUUAUAUUUUGCAUAACAUAUUUGUAACAGCAUAAAAUACUGUUUGAUGCUUUCAGUGGGAUUUUGUCUGUAAUGUUUGCUUAUGUAAAUUGGAGUUGAAUGACUCUGGUAAAUGUCAUGACUGUAAAAAUGAGGGAAAUGACUUUUAGUUCAGUGAAUGACUUUGAACCAAUCUGAAUCUUUUCAAGCACAGUUUAAUACUUUUUCAACUACUGAAUGCUAAUAAUGUAAUGAAGUACUUAACUGUAAUAUACUAUGGAAAUGCAUUCAGAUGGUUAUUUUUACAAAUAAAAACGGUACAAAUAUUGUUGCAA